UGGCUUUGGAAGCUGAAUAACUCCACAAACGGCGUUUCCGCUGCGAAUAUACGCGUUGGUCAUUGCUCUACUCUGGCAUAUCUACUAGCGCCUCUAAUAUCACGGUUCCAGUUCCUUCAUUACACGCGUUGUUUGCUUGUUGUCUUGGCCGCCUCCUUCCAGCACCCCCAACUUGGCACCCUCCGCGCUUGCCUUGCUCGCGCAUUCGUCUCCGACGCCUGAUUACGAACGUACGCUACGAUUUGACCGAUUGGCCCUUUUUGAAUUGUUGGUAUACUGCCUUUGAAUCAGCUCGUCGUUUUGUUCCUCAUGUCCCGUUUAUGCGCGGCCAGAUGAUUGUUCGCCCUAGCGGGAAGCUUCUAUAGCCUCAACUUCCCAUUCAAACAUCGCGAAACCUUGGUAGAUCCGUGAAACACAAUCGCUCAAACUGGCGACUACGGCGACCUACACCAUGCCGGCGACCGUGCUGCCGGCCAUCGACGAUCCAGAUACUAGACCGCCAGCAGAUAUGGUGGACAGUGAUCAGGAUGCAGAAGGGGAAGAGGAAACCGACCUCUAUGAGAUGGACCAGCAGCUACAGAAUGCAGUUCAUCGGGCAUACUCUGGGGAGAACGCCGAGGGGGAUCAGGAUGCCGAUUACGACGAAGACGAAGAUGCAGAGGGGGAGCCGGAUACGGAGCUGAACAUCAACGGGGAUAAUGAUGAUGCGGAACCGGUUGGUGCCGUCAAGGUGCCUGACACAGCCGGCUCUCUUGAGAACGAUGAUACUGCUUCUGCGGCUGCCGAUGCAGAAGAUGAUCCGGCGUUUGAGAAUCCAAGUGACAGCGAUGCACCCGCUGCCUCUCCAAGCAGUUCAGAGUCGGAGGCCGAUGAGGAGUGGGAGGCGGAGAGUAAUAGCCGGGAGGAUGCGGAGGUGGAUACCACUGUCCGCGGCAAUUGCAUCUUUUGCGGUCAAGACGAGGAUAAUGAUCCUAGCGAGGAGUUUGAAGAGUAUUUAACCUGCGCCGUCUGUGGUGACCAUUCUCAUCGACAAUGUGCGCGCGAACAAGAUGCACUCGGCGAGACACAAGAUGCCGGUCCAUGGAGAUGCCCUACUUGCGUUCAGGAGAAAUUGCAGCCAAGUACUGAGCAGAAUGGUACAACCCCGCGACAACAUCGUCAAAAGAAGAUGCGCAGAGAACUUUUACCGGCGCACACUGGAGAGAAAGAUUCUGGUUUCCACUCAAUUUUCAGCACCGUGGACGUCAGCGAUGAGCUCUUGACCAGCUCCAGAUCAUUGCGGAAAAGGAAAGCCUCGUCGACCGACGUGGGAGAACCCACACCCGGACUUCGAAAAUUGCGACGGCAGUCAUCAAUGCGAUCCGCUCGAGCUGAGUCCCGAGACCAGGGCUUUGGAAAUACAGACGGCCAAUCCCCGGUGCGUACCCGUUCUCGGCGAACGCGCGGCGAGGAAAAGGAUACCUGCCGCGUGGUUUUGAGGCAAUUUGGGCGACUGGUCCUCGCUUUUCGACUCAAUGAAAACAAAGUGUCCAAGAUCCUCAACUCUCGGAGCCGGUCACAACUCAGAGGCAGAAGAACGCCUAAACCGCCACCAGCGGUACAAGAACCUCUAUCCCAUUUUGCUCCCAUUACACCUGCACCCUACAUCUCCCCUUUUUACUCAUUCAACGACCGCGAAACAGACGAAUCAAAGUCAAAGCCAUACGGCGGCAUUCUGUCGGAAGCGGAUGCGGACACCUCAAGGACCCUGCCAACACCCGCAGAUCGCGAAAGGUUCGAGAUCGCGCGGCAAAAGGCUGAAGAGGAAUGGCAAAGGAAGCUUUUGGAAGCUGAAAGUAGCGGAGAAGCCGUCCCGCACGCUUCCCAGAAGCUUUCUGGUCCUCCGUCCCGGAUUAAGUACAUUAACUUUGGCGGAUACGAGAUUGAGACCUGGUAUGCAGCUCCUUAUCCCGAAGAAUAUAGUCGCAACCGGGUGCUCUAUAUAUGCGAGUUUUGCUUGAAAUAUAUGAAUUCAGACUAUGUCGCCUGGCGGCACAAGCUGAAAUGCCCGGCAAAGCAUCCGCCGGGAGAUGAAAUCUACCGUGAUGGUUCCAUCUCAAUAUUCGAGGUCGACGGGCGAAAGAACCCCGUCUACUGCCAGAAUCUUUGCUUGCUCGCUAAAUUGUUCUUGGGAUCCAAAACGCUCUACUACGAUGUGGAGCCGUUCCUGUUUUAUGUCAUGACUGAAUUCGACGAUCUGGGCUGCCACUUUGUCGGCUAUUUCAGCAAGGAGAAACGGCCCAGCUCGGCAAACAAUGUUUCGUGCAUCCUCACACUCCCCAUCCAUCAAAGGAAAGGCUACGGAAAUUUGCUUAUCGACUUCUCAUACUUGCUCACUCGUAUUGAAGGUAAGACUGGCUCGCCAGAGAAACCUCUUUCCGACAUGGGCCUGGUAUCCUAUCGCAACUACUGGCGAUUGAUACUGUCGUAUCAAUUACGAAACCAGAAGACUCCUAUCAGCAUCGCGGAGCUCUCAGAGCGAACAGGCAUGACUGCCGAUGAUGUGGUCUCUGGUUUGGAAGGGUUACGCGCCCUUGUAAGGGAUCCAAUUACCAAAACCUAUGCUUUGCGACUCGACUGCAAGUAUUUUGAGGAGUGUAUUCGGAACUGGGAGGAGAAAGGCUACGUUCAGCUGAACCCGGAUGCUUUGGUCUGGACACCAUACAUCAUGGGUCGUAGCAAUCAGUCACAAUUUGACCGGGCUCCAUUGCACACCGUUGCACAGAGAGAAGACCCGGAAGAGGAGGAAGGCGAAGAAGUCAAGAAGGCCGAUGGUGCGGUCAUUCCAACGGCCAGCUGGGCGGGGCGCGCCGAUUCUGGGGGUCGUUCGACUGUGGCCGCUGGGCCCCCUUCAACCGCGCUCUCUAACACCAGCGGUUUCCAUCACCAAACGACUGCUACAGCAAGUUCGAGUACUUCUGCUCCCUCCGACCCCGCCGCGGGCAUUCCCCUUCCCGCUCCUGUAUUCAAACGAAAACCUGGACGACCCUUUGGCAGUAAGAGCGUGUUCAAGGCGGGCGGGACCCCGACAAGUGCCCGGACGAGCGGUCGCGGUACUCCCCGCAGAACCUCAAUGUUGGCCUCGGCGGCGACGCCUACUUCGAAUCCAGGUAGUGUUCGGCGAGGUCGGAGCGCCAAGCUGAUGGACUCCCCUGCUCCAGAGCCGUCCUGCGCGAAGACCAAUGGACUUGUAAAUGGCGAGCAGCAUUUGCAGGAUGGAUCCGAAGAAGUGCAAGACACAGAACCCCAGGAUGCUGCAACGUACGAGCCAGAAGCAGGCACCCCUAAUCACAUUCUCAACGGAACUCGUAGUUCGGGCGCCGUUGUAGCCAAGGCAAAUGCCGAUGUCUCUCUUUCCGACGGCCCGAUUACACCCAAGGGAAGGGGAGCCGAGAACAGAGGAAAACUAUCGCGGUCAGCGAGCCGAAAAUCGGUCGUGGAGAUGCUCCCAGAUGAUGACGCGCCUCAGGAAAACAACAUUGCUGAUACGGACGCCGAUGGCGACGCUGUCAUGCAAAAACAUGACAAUUCUUGAAACCCAGAUAGUAAACGGGAGGGCAAAACACAAGCGCUGAGAACAUUCGGUAUAUGAAGGCGCUUGACGACGCAUUUGCAUUUGGGCGUUAAUCUGAGUUCAUGCAGGAGGGUUCCUCGCCUCAAUUACUUGUUUUUCCUUAUUCCUUUUUAUGUAUCCUCAUCAAGCAAGGAGUAGGCUGAGCAUUUGGCGUUUCGGUCAUCACUUCGUUCGAAUUCAUUCACAGCGCUGUUUUGGCACGUCAUGCGCUGGUUUGUUGCCCUAUCUAAUUCAGCUAUCGCUGUCCUUUUUCGUUGCUGCAUGGCUUCUGAAUGUCUGUCGAGGAGAUUCUGUUCUAGAGGACGUAUUUAUAGGUUCGGUUCUCCAUGAUGGCAGCUUUGGGUGGUUCUCUGCCCCGCCUGCAUUUGUGUAGCAUAUACCAACGAAGC